AUGUUCGCACUACCAGCCUCAAUAACACGAGGCUCUGAUGCCGAGAUGGUGUCAUUUGAGGCGAUCCAGCUGAGCACACAAGGCUCUGAGAGGCAGCGAAAAGACAUUAUGAAAGUAUCACAGCGAUUCGAGCAACUGAUGCAACAACGUCGCCAGCAACCUGACGGCAUUACCCUGACAGACCAAGACCUACUCCAAGAGAUCGUCAGCAGAUACAACUCGUACAAGGCAAACGCUGCUUUGAAACGGUGGCAAGUGACUCCAGACCAAGUCCAAGCGAUAUUGGGAAUAGUGGUUGGCAUGUCAGCAGAGAGCCGCGAGUUGAUAGGCUACAAUGAAUCAAUCCUGAGAUCAAAACGACAUCAGCUUCAUGAAUGUCCAAGAGGUGUCACAGGGCUUUGGCAAGAUGUCUUGACCGUCACACCAGAGUCUCAGCUGAUUCACUUCAAGCGGUACAACCACUGGUGGUCUGUGAAUGCAAAGAAGCUGAAAGCCACGAUGCGCCAGCGCUUGCGCUGGUCUGAGGAGGUCUGGGCUCGCAGCGUGGAUCAUGCUUGUAUUGCAGCGUGGGUGGUGAAUGAGUGCAAGAAGGAUUCAAAUGCAUCCCUUCUUAAUUGUAUGGUUUUUCAUAAUUUCCCCAAUGUGGACUAUGCGCAAGAUCUGGAUGCACUUGUGAUGGCAAAGCCAAAUGGCUUGAACGUACAAAUGAUUGGGAUGUGGCAGGACCACAUAGGCAAAGCAAUCAUGAGGAAGGCUGGUGGAGACAAAGCCAUGGCAGUUGAUCAAGAGACAGCUGUUCAGGUCCUGCACCUGAAAGGCCAAAUCGACACAGGGCUACGAUUGGCUGAGCAAGUGAUGGAGCGUCGAUGCUUGCUGGUUUGCUCAGAAUCUUCGAAGUCACAGCCGCUUGCAAGCAUGACCCGGCGCAUCAUGAAUGCGGUCAACGCCAAAUUUGGUGAGGCUGACAUCACGAAAACUCACCACUUAGGUUUUUGUGACCUAUCGAAGUUCGGGAGGUUGACAGCUCUUGCCAUAGAUGAAGUGGCCAAAUGGGCCAAAGGCAUUCUCGACAUGAACCCAGACUUCAGCAUGCGCUUGAUCGUGGCCCCAAUCCUUGCUGGGGAGGGUGUUCUCAAUGGACUUCGAGGAGAAUACCGGCGCGUUGAGGAUAAGUUCAUGUCUAUGAACAUGGAACUCAAGACGGCGCAGGACUGGAAGGCAGGACGUGGGCUCAUGGGAACCUUGAGCCCGAAGUUCAUGGCUCAGCCAGACUUGUCAGAUGUGCAGGAGCCUCGUCGACCAGAUCUUCGGUUGUGCAAGAUGGCUGCCAACGGCCAUCUUCAAUUACCAGAUGUGGAGAGGAAGAAAUGGCUUGAAGACCCAAUCCGGAGUGAAGCUCCUCCCCACAUGACACAGGACGAGUUCAAGGAGAAAUAUCCAGAGGUGACAGCAACCACGUCUCUCAACAUGGGUGGCAACAGCAUCGUGUGCGGAGGUCCACAGGACACAUCUCCAAUGAAGCUGUUCAAGCUUCUGACAAUGCUGGAGCAGCGUGGAGUGGUCGACUACAAUGCCAAGCUCCCAUACCCAUACUUUGAUGAUGAUAAGGCUUUCAACCAAUGGGUGGCGGAAACCUCGAUGAUGGAUUCGGGACAUGACAGUCAGAUUGGGCCGAAUAUGGGAUGUGGGGAGGAUGUCUUCAAUGAGAAGUCCGAGGCUUUGGGUGAUGACAAGAAGGAGACGACUGAGAUGAAGGAGAUGGAGACUGAGGAGGAUGCUGAUGAGCCACAGGAACCCAAGAAGAAAGCUUUGCGUGUUUUGCCUAACAUGAGCCCUAACACCCAGAAAAAGGUGAAGGAGCAGCAGAUGGAGCGCAAGCGUGCUUCAUCACGUCAAUGGCAUGCAAAGUUCCAAAGCAAGGGAGUGCCCCGUGGCGCAGCUUCGUCUUCAGCCAGUUUGGGAGAGGAUGGAGGGGACCAUUCUGAGGAGCAACCCAAGGCUGAUGUGGACGACAAGAAGGCUGAUGUGGACAACAAGAAGACAUCUCACGCCCACAAUGAGACUUUGCAGGGUGCCCCAAGUGGCGGCAUCGUGGGCGGCAGCGAAGGUCGCGGACGCAGCGGGGGGCAGGGUGCGCAGGAGAUGGUCGCCGCGCCAAACGUCGGGCCCAAGCUCCGCGAUCCCUGGCGGCGCGCACCCGCCGGCGCCGCUGUAGACCCGCGUCUUUCCGAGGUUGGAGGCGCUUCUGCCAGCGUCUGGCGAGCGGUGGCCCACCAGGGCGCGCUCCGGGGUUCGUGCUCCCAAAGCGCGGCUGUGGCCGGGGCCAUGGUGCCAGUGGCGGCCGGGGACCGGCGGCGGGGUGGGCAGGGCGGCCGUCAGGGCUGGCGUGGUCGGAGCAGCCUCACAGUGGCAAGCGAGGCGGCCGGCGGAGGCGCGUGCGUCGAAGAGCCACCGCCGGGGCUGCUGGCAGGAGGGGCAAGCGGAGCCGGCCUCGGGUGGGACCGCGGCCUCGUCCCAUUGGAUGUGGCGCGAACACGCUGCGCAAGCCCAGGCGAGAGUCCACGCAGCGAUGCCACCAGAAUGGCGAUGAGGAAUGGGGGACCACCGUGCUUCGCGGUCGGGCAACUCGCGAAACUGGGUGCCUUCCGGGCCGCGCAGCAGGGCGACCCGGGGGCAGCAGGAGACGGUGACAUGUAUUGGUCCAGCCCUCCGGAGUGCACGCGGGGCACGCGGGACGACAGAGCGGGCAGCGUAGGUCGGACGCGUCGCCAGCGUGCGCGCGCCAACGAGCGAGACAUUCGAGGUGGAGGGCAUGGCGUGAACACACCGGGAAAGGAACAGGGCGGAGGCCCCCGGACGCGCAAGGGUGAAGCCCGUCCUGGCAAACGCAACACAGUUCGUCGCAUGCUGCGGGUGGUGUGGCGCCUCCAGCCAGCGGCGGGGUGGAAGCGCCUGGGGCGAGGGGGGCGGAUUCGCCGGACAGGCCACGGGCGGCGGCCAUGUUGGCGCGACGCGGUACGGACGGUGCAGCGCGAGGUCUUUGCCUGCGCGGGGCGCCGGGAGGGCACCCUGCGGAAGGAGAACGCAGGCUAG